AUGCAGAGAACGAUGUACGGUUUGCUGUUGGCGGUGUGCCUGGCCGCCGGUAGUGUCAGUGCGACGCAGAAGCUACAGGAGCGCUACAGCUGGCAGCAGCUCGACUUCGUCUUCCCCAAUCAACGACUCAAGCAACAGGCCCUGGCUAGCGGGGACUACGUCCCGACCAACGGCCUGCCGGUCGGCAUCGAGCGCUGGGAGAACAAGCUGUUCGUGUCCGUGCCGAGAUGGAAGGAUGGUAUCCCCUCGACACUCAAUUAUAUUGACAUGAACCAGACACCGUCUGGAUCUCCAGCGCUCAUUCCCUACCCGGACUGGUCGUCGAACGUGGCCGGUGACUGUGCUAACGGCCUCAACACCGUGUACCGUAUCAAGGCGGACAAGUGUGGACGCCUGUGGGCCCUGGACACCGGUACCGUCGGCAUCGGCAACACCACCCAGCAGCUGUGCCCGUACGCGCUCAACGUGUGGGACCUGAAGACGAACCGCCGCAUCCGCCGCUACGAGCUGCGCCCGGAAGACACCAACCCGAACACGUUCAUCGCCAACAUCGCCAUCGACAUGGGACGCAGCUGCGACGACACGUUCGCUUACAUGUCGGACGAGCUGGGCUACGGGCUGAUCGUGUACUCGUUCGAACAGAACAAGUCGUGGCGGUUCGCGCACAGCUUCUUCUUCCCGGAUCCGCUGCGCGGUGACUUCAACGUCGCUGGGCUGAACUUCCAGUGGGGCGAGGAGGGCAUCUUCGGCAUGUCGCUGACGCCGCUGCAGGCUGAUGGCUACCGGACGCUCUACUUCUCGCCGCUGGCCAGCCAUCGCGAGUUCACGGUGUCGACGCGCAUCCUGCGCGAUGAGGAGAAGGUCGAGGAGAGCUUCCACGACUUCCAGUACCUGAAGGAGCGUGGCCCGAACGCGCACACGACCUCGCGCGUCAUGAGCGAAACCGGCCUGCAGCUGUUCAACCUGAUCGACCAGAACGCCGUCGGCUGCUGGCACUCGUCCCUGCCGUACAGCCCCGAGUACCACGGUCUGGUGGACAAGGACGACGUGGAGCUGGUCUUCCCGGCCGACGUCAAGAUCGAUGAGGAGGAGACGGUCUGGGUGAUCUCCGACCGGAUGCCCGUCUUCCUUAUCGCCGACCUCGACUACAGCGAUGUCAACUUCCGCAUCUUCUCGGCCCCGCUCAGCACCCUGGUCGCCGGUACCGUGUGCGAUGUGCAGCCCAAGUUCGGCGCUAUCGAGCCCAAGUUCGGUGGUAGCGAAGGCACCGAGCUGACGACCUACACCGAGACCACUCGCCUCCCGACGACGUACGUGCAGCCGCUCGCUGAGUCGUACGCCCCGGUCAGCUACGCCCCGACCGAUGCCCCGACCAAGUACAGCACGCCCUACGACACUCCGACCUCGCACAUGUACUCCACCCAGUCCUACCCGACGACCGCCAAGGCGUACGCCUACAACAAGUACCACGGCGUGGAGUUCAUGUCGCACGGCGCUGGACCGGCGCACGGUGGCUACCACCAUGGUGGCCCGCACGGACACGGCCAUGGGCACCACGGCUCCGACGGUGGCUACAGUGGCGAGGGACACCGCUACUGGGGUGGCGCACCGCCCAAGAAGCACGAUUCCUGGAAGCAGUUCUUCUACUAA